UGAGCGAGCUGUAGUGGAGCUGCAGCUGGUCCUGUGUCUGUCUGUCGGCUGGUAGACGAACUUUAACGGAGGUUAAAGUAAAAUGUACUUUCCCAGGAUGAUAGGGCUUACACAAACUCAGCUGUUCGUUUUUUUUUUAUAGUUGUCGUCGAUUUUACUUUUGCUGUAAAUGUUAGCUAAGCUAAUCAAGCUAGCUAGCAUGCUACAGUGACUUUUCCUCCACAGCAAGAAGAGGAUACUCUCAGUGUAUCCUGAUGGCUUCAGCUUCUGCAGUUGAAAAAGCAACAUGGCAUGUAGGUGACAGUUGUCUGGCUCCUGACCCGAGAGAUGGUGCCCUGCGAGAAUCCACCAUUCAGAGACUGACCACCUCUCAUAAUAGUGAUACCAUAGCGUGGGUGGUUUUCACUAACAGCAGGAAAGAUGAAGGACAGGAGGAAGCUGUACCUGUCUCGAAGCUCGUGAGACCAGGCUUGAAUCACUUCACCCAGGAGAAACCGGUGUUUCCCAGCAGUGUCACAGACCCCAGUCUACUUGUCCCCUUAGAGCUGAGUGAUGUUGCUGGAGACAGAGUCCCUUACACCAUCAACAGAUACCUGAGGGAUUACCAGAGAGAAGGUAUCAGGUUCAUUUACAACAACUACAUGCGUUCCAGCGGUUGUAUCCUGGGGGACGACAUGGGCCUGGGGAAAACUGUACAGGUCAUUGGUUUUCUUGCUGCUGUGUUGCACAAAACUGGCACAUGGGAGGACAUCCAUAACAACAGGCCUCAGUUUCUGCAGAGUCAGAUGACUUCCAAGCAAAGUAAACCCAACAAAGUGUUCCUCAUUGUGGCCCCACUGUCAGUGCUUUAUAAUUGGAAAGAUGAACUGGACACAUGGGGUCACUUCCAGUGUGUGGUGGUCCACGGUCUGAGGAAAGAGGAGGAGCUGGCUCGCAUCAAGAAGGGACGCAUUGAGAUUGCUCUCACCACCUAUGAGACUCUGCGCCUUUGUCUGGAACAGUUUAACAACAUAGACUGGUCGGCUGUGGUUGUGGAUGAGGCCCACAAGAUAAAAAAUCCAAACUCUCAGAUCACUCAGGCCAUGAAGGAUCUGAAAUGUAAGAUCAGAAUUGGCCUCACUGGCACCAUCUUACAGAACAACCUUGAGGAGCUGUGGUGUGUCAUGGACUGGGCCAUACCUGGUUGUCUUGGCAGCUCAGGACAUUUUAAGAACAAGUUUUCAGAUCCGAUUGAGCAAGGGCAGAGGCACAGUGCAACCAAACGUGCUCUGGCUACAGGGAGGAAGACUGUCAGAGCCUUGGCAAGAAAGAUUUCCCACUGGUUCCUUAGAAGAACUAAAACUAUCAUCAAGAAACAACUGCCUAAGAAGGAUGACAGGGUGGUGUAUUGCUCUCUGACAGACUUCCAGCAGACUGUGUAUCAGACAGUGCUGGACAGCGAAGAUGUGACGUUACUGCUGAGAUCUUCGGAGAAAUGUGACUGUCAAAGUGGACGUACCCGCAGAGGCUGCUGCUAUAAAACAAACUCAGAAGGUGUGGAAAUGAAGGUACUGUACUUUAGUUACUUGGCCAUAUUGAGGAAGGUUGCCAACCAUGUAGCGCUGCUUCAGUCCACUGCAGGCACCAGCAAGAAACAGGAAAAGUAUGUGGGUGGCAUUUGUGCGAAGGUAUUCCAAAGGUUUCCAGACUUUGUGCAGAGAUGCAAAGAUGAAGCUUUUGAGGCCUUGUCGGACCCGAUGUACAGUGGAAAGAUGAAGGUUUUGCAGAAGCUGCUCAAAUAUUAUCUGCAAAAGAGAGACAAAAUACUUCUUUUCUCUCUCUCAACCAAGCUGUUAGAUGUGCUGGAGAGCUACUGCAUGGCAGAGGGGCUGGACUACAGCAGGUUGGACGGAACCACCAAAGCCAGAGAGAGACUCCAGAUUGUCAAAGAGUUCAACAGCUCCUCCCACACCAACCUAUGCCUGGUUUCCACCAUGGCAGGUGGACUUGGUCUUAACUUUGUAGGGGCCAAUGUGGUCGUGCUUUUUGACCCCACAUGGAACCCAGCCAAUGACCUCCAAGCUAUUGACAGGGCAUAUCGUAUUGGCCAGUGCAGGGAUGUUACUGUUCUUAGGCUGAUCUCACUGGGGACUGUAGAGGAGGUUAUCUACCUCAGACAAGUUUACAAACAGCAAUUGCAGUGCUCAGUUGUGGGCAAGGAGAGUGCCCGGCGGUACUUUGAGGCAGUGCAGGGGCAUGGUGUCCAUAAGGGGGAGCUGUUUGGGCUCAAAAACCUCUUCAGACUGCAGACCCAAGGGACAUGCCUCACUCGCACGAUACUAGAGCGAGAAGGGCAAGUGGAGUCCGGUGUAAUGACAACCAGCACACACACAGGCGAAGAGAAGGAGGAGGAGGAGGAGACGAAGGGAGUUAGCGCGGCCCACUCAUCCUCCCAUUCCCACGUGAAAGAGGGAAUACCUCAAACAGGGACCUUCCUGUCUGAACCAGGAGAUUCUCGGACUACAGAUGGCCAUGUAAUGAGUGAUGAACCAGCCAAGCAGAACAGAGAUGCAUCAAAGGUCCCCAGAGGGGUGCUGGACUUCAGCAGUGCGAGUGAAGAGGAUGAGGAGGAGCAGGGGUUUAAGAGGAAGGUGUCAAACCCCAGUGCAGUGGAUAGCAACAGGGGUGGGAAUGCUGCCACUGGUCCUGGUCGAAUGAGUCUCCUCCAGCAUGGUUUCUCCCGACUCCUUGAAAGGUUCAAAGGAAAAACAGAGUUAGGAGGAGAGGACAGUAGUCCUGGUGUUGAAGAAAGCCUCUCUGAGGAAGAUGUUGAGGAUCAAAAGAGGGAGGGUUCCUCCUCUGGCAUCUGCAAGAGCUCAAAUACCGGAAAUGGUGCAGUCUGUCUCCCUAAAUUAGGAACGAAAACUUGGGACAUCUCUAGCAGUUCAGACAGGGACGAGAGGGAGAAUGGAGUUGGGGGGAGACAAGAGAGGGUUUCUCUGAUGAAACAGCAUGAUGAUGCCGUAAGAAAGAGACAGGACCUGAAAGGGGGGACAAAUAACACAAUUACAGUGGAUGAGGAGAGUGAUGAAAAUUCCUCACCAGACAAAAAGAAACUUAACAAGCUCAAAACUACAGUUGCAAGAGUGCGUCGCUUUGAGGACUACUCGGAUGAAUCUGAGGAUUUGGACAUAGAGGCAAUGACGGGGCCCAAGAAGGACGCUUUAAAUUCACACAAUACAGGACGAGACAGAGGGAGAGGAAGGCUGGACCACAACAGAAAGAGGCAAAGUGCUAGCGUCAGGGACAAGGCCAGAUCCAAAUACUCAGAAGACAUAGAGACAUUCACAUCUUCAGAAGAUGAACAUACUCCUGUUAAGAAAGGAAGAUCUAAAGGAUGCAACCUCUCCUCUCCACAGACAGAGAGAUCCAGGGUUGAGUUGCCAAAAAGUGGGCAAAGAGCAACAACAGCCGACAGGACCGAGAGACAAGCAGGGGUGCCCAAAGCUGUCUCAUUUACAAGUCUGAAAAAUCCGACAUCCCCGGCAUCCAAAGGAAAGGGUGGAUCUAUUGACAGUGUACUAGGGGGUGUACAGGAGGUGAUGUAUACUCACUCCAACCAGCGUGUUGUGGGCGGGAGCAAAGCAGAGGAGGUGAUCAGCAGAGCUGCUGUACGAGAUGUGUUCGAACGCAAGAUGUACUCUCAGCUCCCAGCCAAUCACCUUCUAGGCACCCAGGAGAGCCUGUCAGCGAGCCCAAAAGACAGUCAGCCUUGCCCUUCUGCUGUCGGACCGGAGAAGCCCAGUGUGGACUAUCCAGUCACCUUCGCCGGCAAGAGUGUGCACCAAACCAGACACACCACUUUCAUCAUUGGAGAGACUCCCCAGGCCAUAUGCAGGCAGCAGCUGGAGGAAAUGGCGGAAAAACUUAAAUAUCCUUCUGUCCAUCAGUUUGCAGAGGAGAUUCUUAGAAGAAACUCAACCCAGAGACUGGCCUGGCUACGACAGUAUUACACUUCACUGAACCACCCUGACCUGGCUAAUACAGUCGCAAACAACUUCCCACAACCUGAUUCAGCACAGACCUCCUCCUCCUCCACAAAAUCCGCCAAAACAGCUGCCACAAAAUCUCACGCAGAUACUAGAACCCCACAAAAGGAUGUUCCAACAGCCAAGAAAAAGCCUAAAUACAAUCAGAAGAAUCCUGAACUCAAAGCUAAGCCUGAAACCCCACAAAACAAUGUUUGUGCACCACAGAAAAAGCCUAGAAACCCACAAAAUGAUGUUCGAGAACCCCAGAAAAAGAAAAAGAUCCCACAAAAGAAUGUUCUAGAGCCUUUAAGUGAUGUCCCAAGCCUUGAGUCAGAGGAGCAGGAGCAGACGGUCUGCGGUGCCAGAAGACAUAAGAGGACAAAGAGGGGUAGUGUUUCGAGUCCUGGAGCCUUCAGAGAUGGUGGUGGUCUUGGCUUGGAUCAGGCCAGCAGCAGUGGUCUGGGGUCCGGGGAGGCUGCUGCUUUCCUGAACCGCACAGACAGAGAUACCCCUUCUUUUCCGGACCUCAGCCAUGGCAGGGCCACCACGUUUCCUAAACCCACAGCACAGGGAAUGGAGCGAGAGCAAAAAUUGCCUCCCAGGACCAGGGAAACCUUUCAAGGCCAGAGAGAAAAUCCUCAGACCCCUUCUCCUCCUGAGCAGGCCACAUCUAUCUCCAGUCCCCAUUCCUUCCUCACAGAUCUGAUAGGAGACACCUCAAUCCUUGACGAUUUGUUAAAACCCAAACGCAGAGGCGCACAACAGAGGAACACCCCAAAAACACCCCCUGCACUCUCCUCUGUGUCAGUAAGUACAUGUCUCACCACACACUCUCCAUCCAGAAUCACACUCAACACUGAUUCUGCUUCAGCAAACCUCAUAGACGCUGCAAAGUCAAACACGCAUACUACACACCCAGCGGCAUCAAAGGGCAGUCGCAAAAACUUCUGGGACAUCCUGAAUGAGGGUAAUGAGGAGAGUAUCAACAGGUUAACAGACCCGGCAGAAGUGCAGAGGGUUUGCAUCAACACUAAUUUUGUAGCUCGAAGUCGGUCUGGAGAAGAGGAGAGCAAGAGUCUCUGGAAGACUAAUGAGAAGUUCCUGUGGAAGAAAUAAUACAAGAGAGACAAUGAGAUAGUGUUCAAAAUGUAUUUUAACCUUUUUAACUUUUGCAGUUCUAAAGGAGAUUUAAAAAAAAAAACUGAGUGGAUAUUUAAAGUGGGCUUUUCUGCCUCCGAUUUUUAUUUUAUUUUAAAAUGUCAUAAUUUGUACCUUUUUUGAAAUGUCUUUUUAUAUGCUCUGAUUAUUUGAAAAUGUUCAGUGUUCAUUUAUUUAUGGGUUUGUAGCACAAUGCUGGCUUUUAUUUGAAUAAACAGGGUGUUUAUCACUCUGGAAUUUAAA